GCGCCUUCCAGCCUCCCAGCUGCCUGCCGGGCAGUUCCGACCCAGCGCCGGCAGGCCUGCUCGGUCGAUCUUCGAUCCAAAGAUGCGGCGGGGCUGGAAGAUGGCUCUGUCCGGGGGGCUGCGAUGCUGCCGCCGAGUACUUUCCUGGGUGCCAGUGCUUGUUAUCGUCCUCGUUGUGCUUUGGUCCUACUAUGCCUACGUCUUUGAACUCUGCCUGGUGACUGUUUUGAGCCCAACAGAAAAAGUUAUCUACCUCAUAUUUUACCAUGCCAUCUUUGUGUUCUUUACCUGGACCUACUGGAAGUCUAUAUUUACACUCCCACAACAGCCAAAUCAAAAGUUCCACUUGUCCUAUUCAGACAAGGAACGCUAUGAAAAUGAAGAGAGACCUGAGGUCCAGAAGCAGAUGCUCAUCGAUAUGGCCAAAAAGCUACCAGUUUACACAAGAACUGGGAGUGGAGCUGUUAGAUUCUGUGACCGGUGCCAUUUGAUCAAGCCUGAUCGCUGCCACCACUGCUCUGUCUGUGCCAUGUGUGUAUUAAAAAUGGACCAUCACUGCCCUUGGGUUAAUAAUUGCAUUGGAUUUUCCAACUACAAAUUCUUUCUUCAGUUCUUAGCUUAUUCUGUUCUCUACUGCCUGUACAUUGCUACAACAGUCUUCAACUAUUUCAUCAAAUACUGGAGAGGGGAAUUGCCCAGUGUUCGCUCAAAGUUCCAUGUUCUUUUCCUCCUCUUUGUGGCCUGCAUGUUUUUUGUCAGCCUUGUGAUUCUCUUUGGUUACCAUUGUUGGCUCGUCAGCAGAAACAAAACCACCUUAGAGGCCUUCUGUACUCCAGUGUUUACAAGUGGCCCAGAGAAAAAUGGGUUCAACCUUGGCUUCAUCAAAAAUAUCCAGCAGGUGUUUGGAGAUAACAAGAAGUUCUGGUUAAUACCUAUUGGGUCCAGCCCUGGUGAUGGACACUCCUUCCCUAUGAGGUCUAUGAAUGAAUCACAAAACCCACUGCUAGCAAAUGAAGAGCCCUGGGAAGACAACGAGGAUGAAAACCGAGAUUAUCCAGAAGCUUCAUCAUCUCUCACCGUGGAAACAGAAACAUAGCAGUUUACACAUUUCCUGCAUCUCUCAGGACCCUCCAUCUCCCAUGAGGCUUACAGAGUUCAAUGUUGGGAACCAUUUUAAUCUUCAAAAUAAGUCACCAUGGUGGAUUGAAAGCUUCACAAUUUAAAAGCAUUCCAUUAAAU